AUGGUAAGUCAAUAUGAUGAACUCGCUUCUCAAAUUGGACAUGAUCAAGAACGAAGAAUUAAAGCGAAAAUUGACGAUCCGUUAUCAAUAAGUAUUCUUGAUGAAAAUCUGACUAAUACUUCUAAUAAUGCUGAAGAUUGUUCAACAAUAAUUGAUUAUGAUUUUGCUUAUUCUUACUUACUUGUUAAUUGUCUCGUUAAAAUGAAAUCAUUUUAUUCCGAAAAAAAGGAAUUAAUUAAAUUAUGUGAAAAUAUUUAUAAAGAAAAUGCAAGUGAAUUAUCAAUACUCGAAGAAUUUACAAAAGAAUAUUCAUCCUUAAAAUCAUUAUUUUGGUUAACAAGAAAUUCAUUUAUUCACAGAUUAAUUAAUAAAGCAAUAAGAAUAAAAAAUUUUCGUAUUUUAUUUUUAUCUCGAUUUUAUUUUCAAGAUAUUUAUCAACAACUUGAAAAACAUAAAUGUUUUAAAUCUAUUCGUGUUUAUCGAAGUUAUCAUCUUUCAACAAAUCAACUAAAUUUAUUAGAAAAUUCUAUCGGAAAAAUUAUUUCAAUAAAUUCAUUUUUUCUAACAAAUCUAAAUCGUCGACAAUCAAUUUCUUAUUUCAAAGAAUCAAUUCUAAACGAUGAUCAUCAUGCUAUUCUAUUUGAAAUUGAUGCGGAUCCUCGUUUGAAUAGUAUUCAACCAUUUGCUAAUAUAACAUCAUUAAGUUAUUCUGUUGGAGAACAAAUCGUCCUUUUUAUGUCAGGUUCAUUAUUUCGAAUAAUUAAUAUUCAACAUGAUAAUAAUUCAUUUGUUAUUAUUCAAUUAAAAUUAUGCAGUCAAAAUGAACAAGAUUUGAAUAUAUUAAAACUAUCGGAUCAAUUUGAUUUUAUUUCAUUUGGUCAAUUAAUAAUUGAUAGGAAAAAAUUUGAUCAAGCUCAAAUAUAUUAUAAUUAUUUAAUUCCUCAAAUAUCUGAUGAUAAUGCAGAUAUUACUAUAUGUUAUGAUGCACUUGGAUAUGUUCUAUCAGAAAAACAUCAAUAUAGUUCAAGUUUAAAAUGGUAUGAAAAAUCACUUGUAAUUAAAAAGAAAUUAUUUGAUCCUUAUGAUUCACGUAUAACAUCUACAUAUAAUUCAAUUGCUUCACUGCAUCUUAUUAAUAAUGAUUAUAACCGAGCAUUAGAAUUUUAUGAGAAAGCAUUAGAAAUUCUUCAACGAAAAUAUGGCGAUGAUCAUCCACGUCUAUCAGAAUGCUACAAUAAUAUGGCAAUGGUUCAUAAAAAUCAAGAACACUAUCGAGAAGCUCUUAAUUUCUAUAAUAAAGCAUUAUCUAUUUAUGAAAAACAUAAUGACGAUAAUAAUAUUAAUUUAGCUUUGUCUUAUAAUAAUGUUGGUUUAAUUUAUCGUCAUCUAACUGAAUAUGAUCUUGCAUUAGAAUAUUGUAAUCGAUCAUUAAAAAUUUAUGAAAGUAUUCUUCCACUUAAGCAUUCUCUUAUUUCAAUGACAUUGGAAAAUAUUGCAAAUAUUUAUUACGAUAAAGAAGAUUUUCGUCAAGCAUUUAAAUAUUAUGAGAAAGCAGCUCAGAUUUAUCGUCAUAUAUUACCUUCAACACAUCCUGAUGUUUUACAAAUUCGAAUGAUUAUUAAAAAAAUUGAAGCGAAAAUUUAA